GGAGGAGGAGGAGGACGAAGGCAGGGAUUAGCGCUGGGCCGGCUGGCGCAGAGGCGCGGCUGAGCGCUCCGGCGGGAGCUCAGGGCCCUGCGGCCCGUGCAGGGGCGGGAGGAGCGGAGAUGCGGCUGCUCCCGCCGCGCCGUUAAAGCUGCCGGUCACUCGCCCGCGGGAGGAGGAGGAAGGAGGGCGGCGAGCUCCUUCCUCCUCGUUGCGCCGCGGGGCGCGGGCAGGCCUUCCUCCCGCUCAUCCCAGCCCCGAGCUGGAGCCGCCGCCGCCCCCUCUGCCUUCCUGCGCUCUUCCCACCAUGAGCGGGGCCGUUUUCACCUCGUAAAGAUGGCGGUGAGGGAUCGCUGCAACCUUUAGACUAAUGACUGUCAGAAACAUCGCCUCCAUCUGUAAUAUGGUUCUUCAAGAGCAGCUCCACACAGUUGCCAGCUUCCCUCCAUGUGGUGCCCCAGCAUGCCUUGUGCUGGCAAUGCCACACAUACCAUUCAGCUGCCCUGGAGAACAGAGCCUGCCUCCGGGGGCACCAAUGCCUCUGCUCUGGAAAAAGACAUUGGCCCAGAGCAGUUUCCCAUCAAUGAACACUACUUUGGAUUGGUCAAUUUUGGGAACACCUGCUACUGUAACUCCGUGCUGCAGGCAUUGUACUUUUGCCGGCCAUUUCGGGAAAAUGUGUUAUCAUACAAGGCCCAGCAGAAAAAGAAGGAAAAUCUCUUGACUUGCCUGGCAGAUCUUUUCCACAGCAUUGCUACUCAGAAGAAGAAAGUUGGAGUUAUUCCACCAAAGAAGUUCAUAUCAAGGUUAAGAAAAGAGAAUGAUCUCUUUGACAACUACAUGCAACAGGAUGCACAUGAGUUUUUAAAUUACUUGCUGAAUACCAUCGCCGACAUUUUGCAGGAGGAGAAGAAACAAGAAAAGCAAAAUGGGAAAUUGAAAAAUGGCAACAUGAACGAAGCUGAAGAGAACAAUAAGCAAGAACUCACCUGGGUGCAUGAGAUUUUUCAGGGAACACUGACUAACGAAACUAGAUGUUUGAACUGUGAAACUGUUAGUAGCAAAGAUGAAGAUUUUCUUGACCUUUCUGUUGAUGUGGAGCAGAACACAUCAAUUACACACUGUCUAAGAGACUUCAGUAACACAGAGACAUUAUGUAGUGAGCAGAAAUACUACUGUGAAACGUGCUGCAGUAAACAAGAGGCACAGAAAAGGAUGCGAGUAAAAAAGUUGCCAAUGAUUCUUGCCUUACACCUCAAGAGAUUCAAAUACAUGGAGCAAUUGCACAGGUAUACUAAGCUGUCUUAUCGCGUAGUAUUUCCUCUGGAAUUACGUCUCUUCAACACAUCUGGUGAUGCUGUCAACUUAGACCGGAUGUAUGACUUAGUAGCUGUUGUCGUCCACUGUGGAAGUGGACCGAAUCGUGGGCACUAUAUUACUAUUGUGAAAAGUCAUGGAUUUUGGCUCUUGUUUGAUGAUGACAUUGUAGAGAAAAUAGAUGCUCAAGCUAUUGAAGAAUUUUAUGGACUGACCUCUGAUAUAUCAAAAAAUUCAGAGUCUGGUUAUAUUUUAUUCUACCAGUCAAGAGAGUGACUUGGGAAAUUGUGACAACUGCACACAACGGCUCUGCAGGCAAAGAAGGUGAUGGCCCCCUGAACUGACUUUUACAAACACCUCAUCCUGUAUGGUUGAAAAAUGACCUAUUCUGUCUCUCAUUAAAUGGCCCAUGUGGUACUGACCAUAACCAUUCAUUUUGACAUGCAGAACUUUCUUUUGGGAGGGGAGGGUAGUUUGUUGUUUUUAAGUCUGAUUGAAAAGUUAAUUGCAGUCAGAUUUCAGUGGAAUUUGUAUGGGCUAACAUUUACACAUCAUAAGAAUUAGAUGUCAACUGUUAAACCAAAUCCAGAUAGAUAGAGCAGUAUUUUAUAUGGAAGAGCUCACUGUGUUUAGGCCAAAAUUUUUUAUAGCUUUCUAGAUGAUUUUGGAGUGUAAGGGGAAAAGAUCUGCUUCAUAAUGACUGGAAUUGUCAUAGGGGAUUUUUUUUUUUACAUGUUUCCCUCAACUGCAAAGAAAGUUAAUCUUCCAAAAUCAUUUAAGCUUUGGGGUCGUUAAAAACUUUCAGUGUAUAAUGUUAAGCCAAAAUUCACUUAGAGGGAUUUGAAUUACAGUGGAACUAAGCAAUAUUGUACGCCCAAUCAAUGUGAUAGUACAGACGAGGUGAGAUUUCAGAACUUACAGAGCACUGGAGUAAAGGCAGCAGGAUGACACUUGCAACACAGAGAUAAAUUACAUUUAUAGAUAUUGAGCUUAUCAUUCUGUUAAAACAAUAUAAUACAUUCUUUACUUAAUUGAAUUUGCAGAGAUAACAACAGUGCUCACAUACAAUAUAUCCAUGAGGACUGAAAUGACACAGUCCUGCUGCAGAUGUGCUGUUGGUACGCUAUAUAAAACAGGUCUUCAUCCUGCAAUUUUAUUUUAUUUUUUUUUUUUUUUGAAUAGUUGACAGCAUUUUGAUCAGGCUUAGUCCUACUGUUUCUGAAUUUACUAGGUGAAUUUGGCUGGCAAUAGUCAUGCACAGGCUAAUAAAACCAUCAAACACACAUACUGGAAUAUGGCAAAGAAGAAGUGUAGAAGGAAGUAUGAAUAGAGUAUGAGAAGGGAUGGAAAGCAGGAUGAGGCAGCGGCAGCACUGGGUCAAGCACUUGCUUGAUUCAACACUCCAUUGUACAGUGCUUGAACCUCAGCACUCGAAUACCUAUUCCAAUUAAAUCAACAGCAAAAAACCUCCUGUUGUCUUCAGGGGGCUGAGAACUGUUUCUAGUAUUUGCCAAGACACUUUCUCAUCUCACAGAAUACAUUUCUACUUGUUACGUUUUAUUCAUUCUUGUUUAGUAUCUAUUAGACAAUGUUGCUUUGGGUACUUCUUUAGAAGCCUGCCUGCCAUGUUGUGGCAGACAUUGUUUCAGAACACAGCUUCUGAAGUACAGCUAAAUCUUCUAUUUCUGUUUUCUGUAGGAAAGAUAAAAAUAUUUUUUACUGUAAUCUGUGAAAUGUGAAAUACCUUUUUGUUGAAUAAUGGGGAAACUGAAAUACUAGCUUCUACACCAACAUCGACUGAACAGCUGGAUUUAUCAAUGGCCAUUUUGUAAACAAAGGAAAUGUAGCACUUUACUCUGAAGAAGGAACGGAAGUGAGCUUUUCAUGUGACAUUAUUUGUGGUUUAUCAUGUUGUUAUGCUAGUACAAGAAAAAAGAUGUAGAGUGUAAUCUUAGGGUGCUCGGGUACAUGAAUAGUAGAGCUCUGCAGAGAUCACUCACGUGAAUGAAGGUUGUCCUGCAGGCUACAGACAAGCAUAAUUGGGAUGCCAUUCUUGUUCUUAUAUCAACGAUGGAAUGAAAUGUUCUGUCUGUAACACAAAAGACAGACAUUCUACAGGAGACUUGAGCUCUCACUGAAGCCCAGGACAUUUUCCAGUGUCAAGCUAAACCUGUAAAUCCUGAUUUAAUGGAUUUAGUUAAUGUGCAUUCCAAAUUUCCACAUAAAAAAUAUAAUAAUUACUUGCCUUUUAAAACAGAAGCGUUUUCUGCUCAUGAAUGAAGGCACCUUCCAGAUCAGCAUUCACCAGAGUUGGUCUAAGGGUCUGUACUUCAUGGUUUACUGCCGGAAGUUCAUAGGGCAUUCUUCAGUUUCCAGACAAGCAACAAUAAGACAUUCUUAGUGUGGCUCAUGUUUGUAUGUAAAGUAGUUUUGCAUAAAAAUUCUGUUAAAAUUGGUUCAAUUUUAGGAUACCUUUUUUUAAUAUUUGAAAUAACUUAUCUGAAAAAUUAUUUUUAAUUAUUGGUUGGACCGGAUGAUCUUAGAGGUCUUUUCCAACCUUGGUGAUUUUAUGAUUCUAGUAAUAUUUAAAUGAUAAAUUAUAGGAAGCUAAUCUUUGCUUUUCUCCAGCUGCAAGACAGCUCUAGGUUGUAAACCAUACAGAUAAUUGCUAUGUGUUAUUGAGAGCAAAAUUCAUAGAGUAAGCUUUUUACCAAGUAUGAAAAUCAUGCUCAGAAAUGAGGUGCCCAGCUCUUCUGCUAUAACUAACAAGAAAUGCACAAAAUCUGUGACAAAUUACUGGAAAGGUUUGUCUCAUGAAAGAUCAUGGAACUGAUAUGACACCAGUCCACCAUCAGCGUUCUGACGUUAACUCUGAAAAAUCACGGAAUACUCACUUUAUGCUAGGAACAGCUAAAAAAGGAGUAUUUUCUUAUGAUUCUGAAAAGUUGUGGUCAUAAUUCCAUAAAUCAUAUCCAAGCUGCAGCAUGCUGAGUGUCUUGACUUCAGUCUGGCAAAAGCUGUCCAUCACAGCUGUGUGAGCAGUUUCCUUUGGACAGGAGAAGUUCUCAUCUAUGUCAAAUUAAAAAACAUUUGCGUGAGUUUUGCAGGAUUAGAAUCUUCACAGGAACGAUAGUAUGAUUGACAGCUUUUUAUUUGAUUAAAUAAAAUGCAAUCCUAUCUCUCACGCUUAUACAUAGAUUUCCAGUCCCUUAUAUAAGAACAGUAAAGUAUCUAGGACAAUCACAGCUUUUCAGCCAGCAGACAGAAAAUAAAAAUGUAGUACGUGUCUAACAGUGCCCUGUGCUUCCCUAAAAUUGCUGCUUUUAUAAUAUUUGGUUUUGAGUGUAUUAGGCCUAAUGGCAUCUGAAAUUCUCUACCUCUUUCACAUGCUGCUGCUGAGAAGUGCUACCCAUUUGUUAAGCUUUUAAAACUUAUUAUGUUCUCACUUAGAGAAAAGAACAGUUCCAUCGUAUGCCAUUUUUCCACCAAACCCAAUGAAGCACUGCAGUGUGGAUUAAUCAGUUCUCUUAGAGUAUGAGCUCAGACCUCAACUUUUCCACAGAGCAAGCUGUCAAAGUUUUAUGUAAUUUCUAUUUCUGGGACACAGCAGAGGGAGGCAGAAGAAGUAGUGAUGGAGAAACAUAUCAGUGAAGCAGAACACCUUGUUGCAGUCCCAAAAUGCCUCCUGUCAAUUCUUUAUUAAUAAUUUACAGUUACCACAGAGAAACAGAUAACAUCUUAAAGAUCUUAUUCCCUUAGCAGUUGGAGUGAAGAAGAUAAAGCAGUAUGUGUUUCCUUCACAUUAGAUUGAGUAAAGAUAUUAAAGAUCCAAGCUGCAACUGAAAUCUGUCUACAUGGUGGCUCCUAAUGUGCUGCCACGCCUCUCUUUCAUCUUCAGACAUGACAUGUCGUUCACCCACCUGUUACAACAUCACGUACGUGGGACCUGAGCUGAUAACUUGCAGCUACCUGUGGUGUGAUGCUUCUCAGCAGCAGACCCUUCUUGUUUCAUCUCUAUUUUUUGCUGCUUGUGGCUGGCGACUUGGAGCAGUAUCUUGCAGCUGAAUGUGUACUAGAGAUAUUAAGAAGUUUUGGCUUCAUUCCAUGUUAGUACUUUUUAUCAAAUUCUGUUUUAAUUUAUUUCUUUUUUUGUUGCUCUGUUAAUGUAUUUGUAUAAUAAGUAAUUUAAGUGGUUAAUAUUACUGUUUCUCUGUUUUAAUUUGUACGUACUUUGAGUUUUUACAUGCAAACAACCCAAGCACUUUAAGCAUCAAUGUCAAUAUUGUGAAAUUCCAAUCGGCUUAUCACUUUGCUGUUGGCUUUUUGUUUUGUAUUCUUUCGCUUUGGAACCCUUUGCUUACUAUCCAGCAUAUCCAGUUACAGCCGAAUUUCCAUUUCUAUGUUUAGAGUUCUAGUUGGGUGGAAAUUUGGGAAGCCCAGAUUUGUUCAUACAUAUUUGUUCCUACAUAACAAAAAUGCAGUAUUCACUGUAUGUCUGUCCUCUCACCUUGUAUAGAAAUAUGUACCUGAUGAAUGCAUUAACACUGCAUGUUUUGCAGUCUUUUUGCACUCUAUCUGCUAGCCCGUCAGGGAAUGGCUGCAAUCCUUCCAUCUGUUACAUUUAUCAAUGAUCAUAAUUUUGAGAAGCCCCACUUCUUCCAGGAAAAAUCUUUUUUUACUAAACACACAGUUAAGCCAGUAUUCAACCAAUAAUGCACGUAUUGUUCUUUGCCAUUUUAUCUGCACUCUGUGCAAUCUCAAACACGAGCAAUCUGAAGAGCUGCAUUUAUUCUUGGCCCUUGUGUGAGUACAAGCAAAGAGAGAAAUCUUUACAUAUCUUCCUUCUCCUCACUAGGGUUCGUAUAAAGGCAAGGUGAGAAGCGGGGUAUGAGCUGGUGAUUAAAAAAAAAGUAUACCCAUCCAUCUAUCAGAGACACUGGACAUUCCUUAUAGAGCAGUGUUGGUGGUAACCAUAUCAGAAAGUUACUUCAUGUUGUUGGGGCAAGGGUUAUUGUUAGGUUUUUAGACUUAAUAUUCUGUUUGACAACGAAAAGCCCUGGCCUUUUUCUGUUGCUGCGGUGUUUUUUUCUCAGUUUAACAUGGCACUGAAUAUUUAAAUAUCCCUUGGCAAGCCUCAAGAGACACGCUUUUAAUUUCUUUCCAGCUAACAUGCUUUACUUCAAAGAGAUUACUUGAACACAGCCACAAGAGCAAUUUAGAUUAGCACAGCCCUUUUGCUUACAAGGUCAGAUAACACCUACCAGGAGGCAUGUGCCCACCUGAUGGGACCAGCUGGGCUAAACCAGUACCUUUUUACGCACUAAUGAUCCCUUACCCCCUGGGAGGUUUGUUUGCUGGCUUUGCCUGAAGGAUUUAAUAUAAGACUGCACAUAACUCCCUUUAUUUCACGGUCUCGGAGUUGCUAUAAUUCUUUAAUAAAUCUACUUCAUUGGGUUAUCAGGGCUUGGAGUAUUGCACAAUAUAUAAUAAAUUAACUUCUCUGUGCCAUUCACAAUGGUCAGUUUGGCAGCCUAAUGCAUAUGAUGAAGGCUAUUACAGGUGGCAGCUUCACUAUGUGUAAGACUACUGAAGAGUAAGAGAUUUUUCUGUUAGCAUAGUAGGGCUGUAGGUCUGAACUGGCAUGUAACACCUUAACCCCCAGCCUACCCCGAUGAAGUUGAUGCUCCACAUUUUAGGUAACUCUACCCCCUCUCCCAGGUGUUCCAAAAAGGCAGAAGAAAACUCUUUGGGAAGAUGCCUUGCAGUUCACCAAAAAACUUUGCCUGCCACAGUAGAUAAUUCAGAAAUAUUUACAUUCCCUCUCCCCCUGCCCCCGAACCCUUAAUACAUAUACAUUCCUUAAAGAGGCUGUGCUCAAACAUCAGCAUUCUAUUUGCCACAGCAUUCAUAUUCUAGUGUCCCAUGAUGGAUUCUAUUCAUAUUUUCUUGUCUUCUCACAGCUCUCGUUCUAAUAGUAAGAGCAACUCCAGGGGCAGCUGUAUUACCCAUUCGAGUGCUUUUCCUAGAGAUGAUUUUCCAGCUUCAGUGGCUUUCAUUAAAGAUCACUAACAGGAGCUCUGUCACUCACCCAUGCCUCUUUGGGAGUGAAGUCAGCAUCACUGCAUGAAUAUGGGUGUAGGGAGGGAAGAAGAAAGAGUACAGGCAGAAAUAUGGAAAGAGCUGGUUUGUCCAAGGCUUUGGGUGUAUAUAUCUGUAAAUACAUAGUCCCUAUCUAACUGGUCCUAAAGGUGCAAUGGUAGUAAAACUACUCAUAUAUUUUGUGCUAGUUUUUUUAAAUGGAGUAAGAGGUAGUAAAACUAUUAGGCAUACAACUGGGGACACAUAAAAAUACUGAAUUUCUUGUAAAGCGUACAAUACACAGUGUGCGUGUAUCAGAGUAUCUACUCUUUUUAAUCAUGUACCUGUAACUAAACCAUGCACUACCUGCAAAACUGUAAGAUAAAUCUCAUGUUGAAUAUUAAGGUUGUAACAUAAGAAAUCGGUAUUUUCUCCUGUUAACAUGUUUAUAUUUUACAUAAAAUAAACUCCCUAGCUGAUGUUGCUUCCAUUCA